GUCGUCGUCGUCGUCGUCGUAGUCGUCGUCGGGGCAGCAGCGGCGACAAGCGGCGGCGGCCGACAACAUCACGCGUCGUCGUCGUCGUCGUCGUCGUCGUCGUUCUCCUCGUCGUCGUCGUCGUCGUCGUCGUCAUCGUCGUCGUCGUCGUCGUCGUCGUUCUCCCUGUCCUCGCGUCCACGUCGUCUUUAACGUGACGGUGAGGUGCGCGCGCGAUCCCGUUUUUUUUUUUUCUCGUCUAGGGAAUCGAACGUGCCGAUUCGUUGGCGGCAAGCACGACGGCGGUGUGCUUCGAAAUCGCGAAUAAAUGUGUCGGUCACGGUACAAGACGUGAGAAGAAGCGGGGGCCACCGGCAAGCCGAGGUUUAUUUUUAGUGGCAAGCGCCAAGCAGUAAGGCGGAGUGGUAUAAACGGCGCGCACAGUGGCCCGAUGAAGCGGCGUAUGUGACAUCAAAUUUCUCCUCUCUUGCCACCUCGAGAACGGACACCCCGAGACAUCUCGCCGUCGGACCAUCCACGCUGUUUGUCCUCCGAUUAUUUGGAGGACAGUGGAGCAGUGACGUUAGGGAUCAAUAAAAGCUGCUAGCUUAAGAGAAGAAUAUUAGAGUUGGCUUAGGCCAACCACGGUAACUAAGACGAAAUGGCGACGAUAGAUGGACGACCAGCCCAAUAUGGCAUUACUCUUAAGCAACUUCGUGAGCUCAUGGAGCACAGAGGUCGUGAAGGUGUCAAUAAGCUCAAUAGCCAUGGUGGCGUGCAAGAGAUAUGUAAAAAGUUAUAUACUUCACCCAGCGAAGGUCUCAGUGGGUCGACAGCAGACAUUCAACAUAGGAGAGAUACAUUUGGCUCCAACAUGAUUCCUCCAAAGCCACCUAAAACAUUUUUACAAUUAGUAUGGGAAGCUUUACAAGAUGUUACUUUGAUCAUCUUGGAAAUAGCAGCUUUGGUUUCGUUAGGUCUUAGUUUUUAUCAACCAGCUGACGAAGAAGAGAGUGUUUCAUCGAUAGAAGAGGAUGAAGGAAAAUAUGGUUGGAUUGAAGGACUUGCUAUAUUGAUCUCUGUCAUUGUGGUGGUGUUAGUGACGGCAUUCAAUGACUAUUCCAAAGAAAGACAGUUUAGGGGUCUUCAAAGUCGAAUCGAAGGAGAACAUAAAUUCUCUGUUAUAAGACAAGGAGAAGUCAAACAGAUUUCAGUAUCUGAUAUCGUUGUAGGUGACAUAUGUCAGAUAAAAUAUGGAGACCUGCUACCAGCAGAUGGUAUACUUAUACAAAGCAACGAUCUUAAAGUGGAUGAAUCCAGUUUAACUGGUGAAUCGGAUCAUGUAAAGAAAGGAGAAUUAUUCGAUCCUAUGGUACUUUCAGGCACUCACGUGAUGGAGGGAUCUGGAAAAAUGUUGGUAACAGCGGUAGGUGUCAACUCCCAGGCUGGUAUAAUCUUCACCUUGUUGGGUGCUGCCGUUGAUCAGCAAGAACAAGAAAUAAAGAAAAUGAAAAAAGAGGCUAAAAAGCAGCGGAAGAAGAAGUCAUUACCAGGGGACGAAGGAGCAGAAAUCACUGGGAACAGUCAUGCUGUUGGAACUGGCGGAACGGGUGGUAAACACGAGGGUGGAGAAAAUCAUCAUGGCGGAGGUGGACAAGGAGGUGGGGGAGAGUCUACUAAAAAGGAGAAGAGCGUUCUUCAAGCUAAAUUAACGAAGUUAGCGAUACAAAUCGGUUAUGCUGGCUCGACCAUAGCAGUACUCACCGUGAUCAUUCUAAUCAUUCAAUUUUGCGUCUCGACGUUCGUAAUCGAUGGAAAGCCGUGGAAGAACACUUAUGCCGGUGAUCUGGUACGGCAUUUGAUUAUCGGUGUUACUGUCCUCGUCGUUGCCGUACCCGAAGGUCUUCCUCUGGCUGUCACCUUAUCGCUUGCUUAUUCCGUCAAGAAAAUGAUGAAGGACAACAAUUUGGUACGGCAUUUGGAUGCUUGCGAAACGAUGGGUAACGCUACCGCCAUUUGUUCGGAUAAAACCGGAACCCUGACGACCAAUCGUAUGACAGUGGUAGAAUCCUACAUAUGUGAGAAAAUGAGCAAGACGGUUCCAAGUUUUUCCGAUAUCCCGAGCCACGUUGGAAACUUAUUAAUACAAGCCAUCUCCAUUAAUUCGGCGUACACGUCCAGAAUCAUGCCCUCGCAAGACCCUUCAGAAUUGCCGAUGCAAGUCGGUAACAAAACCGAAUGUGCCUUACUUGGAUUCGUAGUGGCCCUGGGCGAAAAAUAUCAAACUGUUAGAGAUGACCACCCUGAGGAAACUUUCACGCGGGUCUAUACAUUCAAUAGCGUUAGAAAGAGCAUGUCUACUGUUAUUCCAAGGGAAGGUGGUGGAUAUAGGCUUUUCACCAAGGGCGCUUCCGAGAUCAUCAUGAAGAAAUGUGCCUUUAUCUACGGUCGCGACGGUCAUCUGGAAAAAUUCACGAGAGAGAUGCAAGAACGUCUGGUUAAGAACGUGAUAGAACCAAUGGCGUGUAACGGUCUACGUACAAUCUCAAUCGCAUAUCGCGACUUUGUACCCGGGAAGGCGGAGAUCAAUCAAGUACACUCGGAUAACGAGCCAAAUUGGGAGGACGAGGAAAAUAUUGUUAAUAAUUUAACGUGUCUCGGUAUUGUCGGUAUUGAGGAUCCAGUACGUCCCGAGGUACCAGACGCAAUUAGAAAGUGCCAAAAGGCUGGUAUAACAGUGCGAAUGGUCACCGGUGACAAUAUUAAUACGGCUAGGUCAAUUGCCUUGAAGUGCGGAAUAAUAAAACCAAACGAGGACUUUCUUAUUCUCGAAGGGAAGGAAUUUAAUAGAAGGAUCAGAGACAGUAACGGUGAGGUACAGCAACAUUUAUUGGACAAAGUUUGGCCAAAGUUAAGGGUUUUGGCUAGAUCAUCGCCAACCGAUAAGUAUACAUUGGUAAAGGGUAUAAUCGAUAGCAAGGCAACGACCAGUCGUGAGGUAGUAGCCGUGACCGGUGAUGGUACGAACGAUGGUCCAGCAUUAAAGAAAGCCGAUGUUGGCUUUGCCAUGGGUAUAGCUGGUACGGACGUGGCAAAGGAAGCUUCCGACAUUAUUCUGACGGACGAUAACUUUUCUUCCAUCGUUAAGGCCGUUAUGUGGGGAAGAAACGUCUACGAUAGUAUAGCAAAAUUCUUGCAAUUUCAGUUGACCGUUAAUGUCGUCGCCGUUAUCGUCGCCUUUAUCGGAGCAUGUGCCGUACAGGAUUCACCUUUAAAAGCGGUACAAAUGUUAUGGGUUAAUCUGAUUAUGGACACUUUAGCGUCCCUUGCACUUGCCACCGAAUUGCCUACGUCGGAUCUUUUACUUCGCAAACCGUACGGACGCACAAAGCCGUUAAUAUCAAGGACGAUGAUGAAAAAUAUUCUUGGUCAGGCAGUUUAUCAGUUGACUGUUAUUUUUAUGCUUCUUUUCGUUGGUGACAAGAUGCUAGAUAUCGAAACUGGCCGAGGAGUUGCGGCUAAAGGUGGCGGACCCACUCAACAUUUCACCGUCAUCUUUAAUACCUUCGUAAUGAUGACUCUCUUCAACGAAUUUAAUGCCAGAAAAAUUCAUGGUCAGCGCAAUGUCUUCCAGGGAAUAUUCACCAACCCUAUAUUUUAUUCUAUUUGGAUUGGCACGUGUUUGUCGCAGGUGGUCAUCAUACAGUACGGUAAAAUGGCGUUCAGCACAAAAGCUCUUACGUUAGAACAAUGGAUGUGGUGCCUGUUCUUCGGAAUCGGGACGCUAUUGUGGGGCCAAGUAGUCACGACUAUUCCAACACGGAAGAUACCCAAAAUUCUCUCAUGGGGCCGCGGCCAGCCGGAUGAUAUCGGUGCUAUCAAUCUAGGAGACGAGAAAUUCGACCCCGACUCGGAUAAAAAGCCGCGAGCAGGACAAAUACUAUGGAUCCGUGGUCUAACACGGCUACAAACGCAGCUUCGAGUAAUAAGAGCGUUCAAGUCGACUCUGGAAGAUCUGGAGGAGCGUCGCUCUGUCCAUAGUUUACACAGCUUACACAGUAUGCGCAGCUCACGCAGCCACACCGGGCCACGUCCAUUAUCUGACUUCACAUACAUUGACGAAGAUCCUACAAACAACACCAACAACGCCCACCUCUACGCGGCAAAGAGUACCGCUUACAACAAGAAUACUGCGGACCAGAAUCAGGAUCAUGAGACUGCUAACGCAAGAAGAUCAAGGAUUGUCCAGUCAAUCAACAGUCCGACUUCGCCAUUGUUACUCAGCGUUCCUGGAUCGGCUUACAACAACCAUUAUACCACCGCCACCGCCAAUACCGCCACCGCCAAUAUCGCUACCAACACCACCGCCACCGCCACCACUACCACUACUAUCACCAAUAACAACAGAUCCUCAUCCAACAACGCCCUGAAUCAACUCCUCAGCAGUAACCCGGACACCACCGUCAACAAUUCCUCCUUGCUUCUCAGUUCGAACAAUUUGGUCCUACCGGAACUGACCAAGCUCGUGCAUGAGACCAGCAUUUAAAACGAUAUAUGGCAGCUUUUGCGCGUUGUUUGCUCGACACCCCCUCCUCUUCCUACCCUGACCAACCUCUUUUCUCUCUCUCUCUCUCUCUAGCUAUCUAUCUAUCUAUCUAUCUAUCUAUCUAUCUAUCUAUCUAUCUUUCUUUCUCUAUCUUCUCUCUCUCUCUCUCUCUCUCUUUUCCUCACUACCUCUAACAUUCUAUCUCUCGUAGAACACCCACGUCCAUCCCCAACCUACUAUUUAUCAGUGUCAUCUCUUAAUUAUUACCUUCUAUCUUUCUUUUCUUGGAUCAACAAAAACAACCCCACAAUCCUCGCUGUUGUCUGCUCUUAAAAAUUUACGAUAUUAAUUAUCGACUAUUCUUCUUAUGAUUUAUCUUUCUGCUU